AUGGUUGACCACAACCGUGACCACAACCGUGACCGCGACGGUGACCGCGAUCGUGACAGAGACCGAGACAGAGAUCGAGAUCGUCUCACUGCCCUUGGCCGUGUCAACGACUCCUCCGCCUCAUCGUCCUCCUCCAACUCCUAUCCUGCUCCUGCUCCUGCUCCUGCCAUGUCUUCUUCUUCUCAUCCUGCUGCCACUUCCACACCGUUACAGGCUACCACGGAUCGCGCCUCCGGCAAAACCACCCCCCCUGAUGGUAAACGCUCGCCAAACAUUUCUCGAAGCGGGGGCGCUGGGUCGUCCAAAAUACUAGUCAAAAAGGAACCCUCAACCUCUCCCAGCCUCCACUCCAACUCCCGUCAUCGUCCACGAAAACUUGAUCUCUCCUCCAGCACCCUCUCCGCACAAUCCGGUUCCUCCACAGCGCGCGGUCCUUUGACUGCAAGGGAAGGUGGAUUGACUGCUAUGCAUGAUGUUGGCUUAGCUUGCCUAUCUCCCGGCUUCCAGACCCAAGACCCGAUCAUCCACGAGCAGCUUCAACGUAGCAUCUCCGUCAGAGACCAACAGAGAUCGAUAAUCGAAUCUCGCCUGCAGAAAACAGCCAAGGGCGAUGGUCCCGAUGGCAUCAAACCCUCAGAAUCAAAUCUGUUCGGUUCUCUCAAAACCCCGUCUUCGUCCAAGAAACGCCCUCCUCCGGGUUUGUCGAUUGUUCCCCCAUCAGCCUCGCAAUUCGCCAAUGAACGAGUCAUCCAGUCCGCCCCGCUAAACCAGACCUUCACAGGCCGGCACAACCCACACCCCAUCACCCGUCAUCUUAUAAACCACGCUUCAGACCAUCGUAUGAACUCCCCCAUCCACCAUGUCGCCCCAGCAAAUCAGACAAACAAUCGCCUCCCACCCAUUGCCGACGUUUUCGGCUCUGAUACCCUCGUCCCCCGCAAUCAAGAACGCGAUCACCGUGAAUGGGAUCGCGAUGACAGGAAUAACCCCACGCACAGACGUAGCAACAAUCCAAACAACAGUAACAAUGGCGGCUUCUACCAACCUAACAGACCCUUGUCCUCUCCCUCCCUUCCUGCAAACCACCCUACGUCCUCCUGCACAACUUCCACCACCACCACCACCACCACCGGUGGCAGCGCAUCAACCACAAAACGUCCCCGUGAAUACCGCUCCGCCGAAGAAGCCGUGCAUGAACUCGCUGGUGGCCGCGAAGAUCUCCUUCCGCGAAUUGUCCACUACAACAGUAACACAAACUCAACGGUCACCAAUAAUAAGCAAAGCAGUACUACCAACCAACGUCACCAACCUGUCUCCCCACGGCUCCCCAGCACCAAUACAAAUGGCAUCCAGCAACAACACACCUCCAGCUCGCUCCACUAUCAUCAUCACCAUCACCUCCACAAUCAGCAUCAGCAACAACAGCAACAAUACCCUCACUCAACCGCCGGCCGCCGUCGCACGCGCAACGAAUAUGAGCGCGAUAACGGCAGUCCACCGCUAGGUUCCGGGCCGGCAGAUACGAGGUUCCGCGGCGCGCCUGCACCUGUCCCAGGCCCCACAUCUGCUGCAACUCGUGGAACUGCUGGAGGCCAAGGGGGGAGUCCUGGCGGCGGUGCUGGCUAUCCUACAGGUGGUGGCGCCGGUGCAGGUUCAGGGACUGGCGUAACGUUUGGGUAUGGAGGGGGUCCAUUUGGGGCAGGAAGAGAUUCGCCGGAGACGCAGAGGAGGAAGAAAGAAGAGUUUUUGGGUUUGUGUGCACGGGCAUGGGAUUUGUUUCAUUCGUAG